CGGAGACGGCGGGGCGGUCCUGGACACUGGGGUGCGGGAGGGCGGCCGGGUCCAUGCGGGACGCACGGGCAUUCAGCCCCGCAUCCGCAGCCCCCGGGGCUCGGAGGUGCUGAAGGUGAGCAAGAACCUGGGGAAAAGAGGGACACAGGUUGCCCUCAGUGGACGAGAUGGGCGGCCACUGGAUUGUCAUCUUCCUACUGCUGCUGCUGCAGCGCCUGGGGGUUAGUGAGGGAGGUCAAGGCCCCGGGGAGGCGGCAGCGGUGGCCCCCGUCCCCCGGUUCACGCGGCCUCAUUACCACGUCACGGUGCCCGAGAACUCAGCUGCCCGGACCUAUGUGGGGCAGCCGGCCCGGAUGGGCGUGGCACUGACCGACCGGCGCUGGGACCUGCGCUUCAAGAUCGUGGCCGGCGAUGGUGAGAAUCUGUUUAAGGCAGAGGAGCUGGUCCUCGGCGACUUCUGCUUCCUGCGCCUGCGCACCAAGGCGGGCAACGCAGCCGUGCUGAAUCGUGAGGUGCGGGACCGGUACGUGCUGACCGUACAGGCGCUGGAGAGACGCAGCGGUGCCCAGGCUCAGGCCCAGGUGCUGGUACGGGUGCUGGACGCCAACGACCUGCGGCCGCUCUUCUCCCCAACGUCCUACAGUGCGGCUCUGCCCGACGACACGGCCCCAGGCACCAGCGUGGCCAGGGUCAGCGCCACCGACGCCGACCUCGGCACCAACGGCCAAUUCUACUACAGCUUCCGCCAGCGCAGCGACACCUUCGCCAUCCACCCCACUAGCGGGGUCGUGGUGCUGACCGGCCGGCUCGACCACACCCAGACCCCACGCUACGAGCUGGACGUCCUAGCGGCGGACCGGGGCCGCAGGCUAUAUGGAGGCGGCGGGGACGGUGGGGGCGGCGUGAGCAGCCUGGCCCGCCUGACGGUCCGGGUGGAGCCGGCCGACACCUGUGUCCCGGCCCUGACCGUGGACCUGCGGCCUGUGGGGGCGGGAGGACCCGGGGAGCCGGCCGGGGCCGCCCCGCUUGCCAUGGUCACAGUGGAGGAUUGCGACGUGGGCCCCAGCCAGGAUGUUGCUGCACUGAGCAUCGUGGCGGGGGACCCGCUCGGGUUGUUUCGGGCCAUUCGCGUGGCACCUGGCGGCCGGGAGUUCUGGAUUCAAAGUAUCAAGGCCCUGGACUGGGCCCGUCACCCCGCAGGCUUCAAUCUCAGCCUCCAGGCCCAGGAUGGUGGAAGCCCCCCCCGUGCCGUCUCUGCCGUGCGCCUCUUCCACCUUCCACCGCCGCCCCCUGGGGCCGCCCCCCAACCCUUCCACUUCGAGGAAGACGUCUACCGGGCCCGGGUCCUCGACUUCGCGCCCCCCGGCACCCUGGUGGCCGUGGUCAGGGCCGUGCCGGACUCCCCCAGCCUGCGCUAUGUCCUCGCUGGCUCCGCGGGUGGGACAAGCUUCCAGCUGCACCCCCGUACGGGGCUGCUGAGCACACGCGAGCCCCUGCCCGCCCGGACCCCGGCCCAGCUGGAGCUGCGGGUGGCCACUGCUGAUGGGCGGGCAUCUACCCGGGUGCUAGUGCAGGUGGUGGGCUCCAACCGCCACGCCCCAGAGUUUGCUCAGGCCGCCUACCGGGCCACCUUUGACGAGAAUGCACCGGCGGGCACCAGCGUGGUGCGUGUGGAAGCGUCAGACCUCGAUACAGGCGAGGACGGCCAAGUGACCUACAGCCUCGCCCAGGCCGUGCCCGGGCCCUUCAGCGUGGACCCUUUUACCGGUGAGGUACGCACCACUGAGGCGCUGGACUACGAGCUCGUGCCCCGCAUUUACACAAUCCGCGUGCGCGCCUCGGACCGAGGCCGGCCCUUCCGCCGCGAGACCGAGGUCCCCGUCACCCUCACUCUGCUGAACCUGAAUGACAACGCACCGCUCUUUGAGCGCGUAGACUGCCAGGCUGCUGUGCCCCGUGACCAGGCCCUGGGCGUCCCCGUGGCCACCCUGUCUGCCAUCGACGCGGAUGAGCUCCAGCUGGUGCGCUACCGGCUGGACGCCGGGGACCCUCUUGGCCUCUUCCACCUGGACCCUGGCUCUGGCGUCCUCUCCUUGCGGCAGCCACUGGGCAGCGGCCCCGGCGCCCCCACGGGACCCUUCGACCUGCGCGUGUUGGCCACAGAUGGGGAGCAUGCAUCGGUACCUCUCCGCAUCAACGUGACUGUGACGGCACCCGGCCGGCCCCUCGAGCUGCGUUGCCGGGAGACCGGAGUGGCCCGGAUGCUGGCCCAGAAACUCCUGCAGGCCGACCGGCGGUCCGCCCACCCCAGGGCUGGGACUGAGGCUGAGGAGGUGCCCGCCCCCGCCGUCAACGCCCACACUCCGCACUUCUGGUCUGGGCCGCCCGCGGCCGUGGCUGUCAGCGAGGCGGUCCCGGUGGGGUCGGUCGUGGCCCAGCUGAACGCCAGCGAUGCUGACUGCGGCUAUGAUGGCAAGGUGGUCUACGCCCUCUCUGGGGGCAACGAUGCUGGCCACUUCACUGUGGAUGUGGAGUCCGGCCUGCUGCGGGUCCUGUCCCCGCUGGACCGUGAGGCACAGGACGAGUACACACUGAACGUGACGGCCUUUGACCUGGGGAUCCCGCAGCGCGCGGCCUGGAGGUUGCUGGGCAUCCAAAUUCUGGACGCCAAUGACAACCGGCCCGAGUUCCACCGGGACAGUUACGAGGUGGCUGUGAGUGAAGCGGCCGAGCCGGGUGGCGUCUUGGUGCAGCUCGAGGCCACGGACCGGGACCUGGGGCCCAAUGGUGAGGUGCGCUACGGGCUACUCUCAGACACGGACCAGUUCUCCAUCGAUGCCACCAUGGGCGAGGUGCGGCUGGCUGGGCCCCUGGACCGCGAGGCCCGGGCUGUGCACGUCUUGCGAGUGGCAGCCUGGGACCAGGCGGAGGAGGGCCAGCGGCUGAGCUCCACGGCAGUGUUGACCGUGACGGUGGAGGACGUGAACGACAACGCGCCCGCCUGCAUCCCGCCCCUCCAGCGCGUCCGGGUGCGAGAGGACCUGCCCGAGGGGGCGCUGGUCACCUGGCUGGAGGCCCGUGACCUUGACCUCGGCCCGGCCGGACAGGUGCGCUUCAGUCUCCUGGAGGCAGGCGCAGGUUUCUUUGAGCUGGACAGACUGAGUGGGGCCUUGCGCCUGGUCCGGCCGCUGGACUUUGAGAUGCGGCAGCUGUACAACCUGACGGUCCGGGCCCGGGACAAGGGGCGGCCAUUGGCACUGUCGGCCACCUGCCACGUGGAGGUGGAGGUGGUGGAUGUUGACGAGAACCUGCACUCCCCGGUCUUCGCCAGCUUUGCAGUAGGUGGGGUCGUGCGGGAGGAUGCGCCCGUGGGGACGUCUGUGCUCACGCUGUCCGCCCGGGAUGAAGACGUGGGCCGCGAUGGCCGGAUCCGCUAUUCCAUCCGUGAUGGCUCUGGUCUCGGAGUGUUCCGCAUCGAUGAGGAGAAAGGCACCAUCGAGAUGGCAGCCCAGCUGGACCGCGAGACCAUGACACACUACUGGCUGACUGUGUAUGCUACGGACCAGGGCGCGACCCCCCUGUCGUCCUUUACCGAGGUGUACAUCGAGGUGGAGGAUGUGAACGACAAUGCCCCCCUGACCACGCAGCCUGUGUACCACCCCGCUGUCCCGGAGAACUCACCCAAGGACGUAUCCGUCGUGCAGAUCGAGGCCUCCGAUCCUGACGCUGGUGACCAGCUCAGCUUCAGGAUCACCAGUGGAAACCCUCAGGGCUUCUUUGCCAUCCACCCCAAAACAGGUCUGAUCACCACCACAUCAAGAAAGCUAGACCGAGAGCAACAAGAGGAGCACGUCCUGGAGGUGAUGGUGGCAGACAGCGGAAGCCCCCAGCUGACCUCGGUGGCCAGGGUUAUCGUGAAAGUUCUGGACGAGAAUGAUCACAAGCCACAGUUCCUGCAGAAGUUCUACACUAUCCAGCUUCCAGAGCGAGAGCGCAGCAUGAGGCGGGUGCCUGUGUACCGGGUCAUAGCGGCCGACCGGGACACGGGGGCCAACGCCGAGAUCUCUUAUAGCAUCGAGGCGGGCAACGAGCAUGGCAAAUUCUUCAUUGAGCCCAGGACCGGCCUCGUCUCUUCCGAGAAGGCUUCAGGAGCUGGGGAGUACGACAUCCUUACGAUCAGAGCUGUAGACAACGGGCGGCCACAGAGUACAUCCACGACGCGGCUCCACAUCGAGUGGACUGCCAGGCCACGGCCGCCAGCCGAGCCCCUGUCCUUUGAGGAGCCGGGGUUCUCCUUCACCGUCAUGGAGAGUGACCCGGUCUCACAUAUGAUCGGCGUGAUUGCAGUUGAGCCCCCGAGGUCACCACUCUGGUUCGACAUCGUCGGGGGCGAUGCCGAAAGCCGCUUUGAUGUGGACAAGAGCACGGGCACUGUCAUCGUGGCCAGGCCACUUGAUGCGGAGCAGAAAUCCCUCUACAACCUGACGGUGGAGGCGACCGACGGCACAACCACCAUCACCACCCAGGUGUCCAUCCGCGUCAUCGACACCAAUGAGCAUAGGCCGCGGUUCUCCUCGCCGCGGUAUGAGGUGGCCGUCCCCGAGGAUGUGGCCCUAGAUGCCGAGCUCCUGCGGGUGCACGCGGUGGAUGGGGAUGAGAAGAACAGGCUGGUCUACACUCUGCAGAGCAGCGCCCACCCCGCCAGCCUCAAGCUGUUCCGCCUGGACCCCGCCACCGGCGCGCUCUACGCGGCCGAGACCCUGGACCGUGAGGCCAUCCGCCAGCACGUGCUCACUGUCAUGGUCCGAGACCAGGAUGUUCCCGUCAAGCGUAACUUUGCCCGGAUGGUGGUAGACGUCAUUGACGCCAACGAUCACGCGCCCUGGUUCACCAGCGCCUCUUAUGAGGGUCAGGUCUACGAAUCGGCCGCGGUGGGGUCCCAGGUGCUCCAGAUCACCGCCCUCGACCGGGACCAAGGGGAGAACGCCGAGGUCCAGUACUCGAUCGAAUCAGGCAACGUGGGGAACGCCUUCACCAUUGACCCCGUCCUGGGCUCAUUGAGGACAGCCAGAGAGCUGGACCGGAGACGGCACAGGGAAUACACACUGGUGGUGCGGGCUGUUGACCGGGGCCUCCCGCCACUCAGCGCAGAGACCACCGCACAUGUCCUGGUCACACUCUCGGACGACGACGCCCCGCGCUUCUCGGCCGGGGAAUACGCCGGCGAGGUCAGCGAGGCAGCCCCUGCCGGCACCCCUGUGGCCGAGGUCACGGCCUCCAGCCGGUCAGCGGUGUUCUACGAGCUGAGCAGCGGCAAUGAGGGCGAUGCCUUCUCUGUGAACCCACACUCGGGGGUCAUCACCACCCGGAGGGGCCUGGACUUUGAGGUGCAGGCCUCCUACCUUCUGGAGGUGCGGGCCACCAACAUGGCUGGUCAGGCGGCCCAGGCCACGGUCCGUGUGCGGCUCCGGGAUGAGAAUGACCACGCGCCAGUCUUCCCACAGGCUGGCUACACUGGGCUGGUCAGUGAGGCAGCGGGUCCCGGCAGUCUGGUCCUGACAGAAGACGGCGCCCCGCUGGUGGUACGAGCAGUGGAUGAGGACUCGGGCACCAAUGCCAUGCUGAGCUACCACAUAGUCGAGGCCCCCGCACGGGGCUUCUUUACCAUCGACACCCGCACGGGCGCUGUGCGCACAGGUGCCAGCCUGGACUAUGAGCACGCUGCCGUGAUCCGCUUCACUGUCCAGGCGCAGGAUGCGGGUAGCCCACGCCUGGUAGCCGAACACCCUGCCCAUGUCAUCGUCCGCGUGGUGGAUGUCAACGACUGCCCCCCAGUAUUCUCCCUCCCUCUUUACGAGGCCUUGCUCCUGCUGCCCACCUACCCAGAUGUCCAGGUCCUGACACUCAGUGCCACAGAUGCUGAUGCGGCUGCCUCUGCCCCGCUAGCAUACACCAUCGCUGACGGCAACGUGGGUCAGGCCUUCCACCUGGACGGGCGCUCUGGGGUGCUCAGUGUAUGGAAUGCCACGGGACUUCGGAGCCGGUACGAGCUGACGGUCCGGGUCUCGGAUGGCCGCUUCUCUGACACCACAGUGGUCCGGGUCCUUGUCCGCCAAGGCCCCGUGGGUCCGCUGCAUUUCAGCCAGUCAUCCUACAAAGCCACGGUCCUGGAGAACAGCACUGAGCCCCGGGACGUGGUCAUGGUGACACUCCCCGGCCGCCCGAUCAACGAGCCCCUGAUCUUCCGCAUCCUCAACCCAGAUGGCCGGUUCCGGCUGGGACCCACAUCUGGGGUGCUGUCCACCACCGGGGUCCCGUUCGACCGGGAGCAGCAGGCAGCCUUCGACGUGGUGGUGGAGGCUACAGAGGCGGGCCGGGAGCCGGGGGCGGAGCCGGAACCCGGGGCGGCCCGGGCCCAUGUGCUAGUCCGAGUGGCAGUGGAAGAUGUGAACGACAACGCACCCACCUUUCUCCACCUCCCGUACUCAGCCUCCGUGAGUGUGGAUGCCCAGGCCGGCCACCCAGUCCGUAUGGUGACGGCUGUGGACCGCGACGUGGGCAGGAAUGGCCUGGUGCGCUACUCCCUGCGGGGGCACAGGGAGCACUUCCGGAUCGGACCAGCCGGCGAGAUCACCCUGGUCCGGGAGCUCGGCCCAGACGCCCUGGGCCGAGAGUUCUGGCUGACCGUGGUGGCUGAGGACGGCGGGGACCCAGCGCUCUCGGCCGAGGCAGUCGUGCACAUUGCCGUGGUCGGUGGGGCUGCGCCCAUCUUCGAGCAGUCGUUCUACCGGGCAGAGGUGCCCGAGGAUGCCCCGCCACGCAGCCCAGUGGUGCACCUGCGGGCCAGCGCCCCUGAGGGCCUCAGGGUCAGCUACCGCAUUGUGGAUGGGGAUCCCCUCGGCCAGUUUGAUGCCGAUUUCCACACAGGCACUCUGCACGUCGCCGCCCCCCUGGACUUUGAGGCACACCCAGCCUACAAGCUGACUGUGCGGGCCACUGACUCGUUAACCGGUGCCCACGCAGAUGUCUUCGUGGACAUUGUGGUGAGAGAUGUCAACGACAACCCCCCCCCGUUUCAACAGAUGGCCUAUGCCACCACCCUGUCUGAGGCUGCAGCCGUAGGGACCCUCGUGGUCUGGGUCCGGGCGGCCGACGCUGACCUGGAGUCUGGCCGGGGUCUCACCUACCACCUGGAUGCUGGCUUAGACGAUGACCUCUUCCUCUUGGACCAGGACAGUGGUGCUAUCACACUAGUGGGGCCACUGGACUAUGAACAGGCCCGGGAGCACCAGCUCCUGAUCCGGGCAGUGGACGGGGGCCGGCCCCCUCUCAGCGCCGAGGUGCUGGUGACCGUGACUGUGAGCAACCUCAACGACCACCUGCCGCUCUUCGACCAGCCACUGUACGAGGCCACAGUGGGGGGGCUGGCUGCCCCAGGCCACCUGGUGACCCGUGUGGCGGCCAUCGAUGCAGAUGGGCCUGGCCUGCUCGAGUAUGCCAUUGUGGCGGGUGACAGGGGCAGACUCUUCUCCAUGGACACCACCUCGGGUGUGAUAACACUGGCUGGGCGGCUCCCCUCGCCGCCACCCCCCACCUACGAACUGAAUGUGUCUGUGUCCGAUGGGGUAUUCCGCAGUGAGACCCGAGUCCGUGUGGCCGUAACCGGGGCCAACCAGCACGCACCUACCUUUGCACAGAGUGAGCUUGAGGCGGAGCUGGCAGAGAGCGCCCCGGCCGGUACUCUGGUGGCCACGGCAGAGGCGACGGACAAGGAUGUGGGACCUUAUGGCCUCCUGGCCUACUCCAUCGUGAAUGCUUUUGCCGCUGCCCGCUUCCGGGUGGAUGCCCGUGGAAGGCUCUUCACAAUCCAGGAGCUGGACCGCGAGAACCCAUCCGAGAGGGUGGUCCCGGUGCGCCUAAUGGCCCGCGACGGUGGCGGCCGGGCAGCCUUCUGUACGGUCAGCGUGAUCCUGACCGACACCAACGACCACGCGCCCCGUUUCCGCGCGGCCAUCUAUGAGGCGGACGUGGAUGCUGGGACACCGCGGGGCAAGCCGGUCCUCACGGUGCUGGCCACCGAUGCCGACGAGGGCUCCAACGCAGAUGUCACCUACGCCCUGGAGGCGGAUGCGUCCCGGGCCCGGGAGCUCCUGGCCAUCGACCCGCGACUGGGCAUCAUCUCCGUCCGAGAGACCUUGGUAGGCCUGGAUGGCCAGGUCUUAUCCUUCUCGGUCCAGGCACGGGAUGGAGGCUCACCCCCUCUGGCCACCGCCGUCCCCGUCCGCGUCCGUGUCCUGCCUCCGGACGUGCGGCUGCCCCACUUCGCCGAGCCCUUCUAUUCCUUCGCCGUGCCAGAAGACCUGCCACUCGGGUCAGAGAUCGGAACGCUUCGUGCCGACCUGGGCGGAGCGGCCCUGGACUAUAGCUUGGACCGGGGUCCCGCCGGCCAGGACAACGACCCCAGCGAGGUCUUCGCCGUGGACCGGCGCAGCGGGCGGCUGACGCUGCUGCGCAGUCUGGACCACGAGGCCUCCAGGUGGUAUCAGAUAACUGUUAGGGCACGGGGCCGUCAACGGGGCCACGAGGUUACGGCCUCAGUGGACGUGAGCAUCCGGGUCGGUGACGUGAAUGACAACAGCCCCAUGCCCGAGGCCGACCCAUAUGCUGCAUCCGUGGCAGAGAACCGGCCAGUCGGCAGCCCGGUGGUCCAGGUGCGGGCCAGUGACCCGGACUUAGGCCCUAAUGGCCAGGUGCAGUAUGCUCUGGACCCGGCUCAGGACCGGGCAGUGCUGGAGGCCUUUGCUGUCCAUCCGGACUCUGGCUGGUUGACCACACUGCGGGAGCUGGACCGCGAGGAGCGGGCAACGUUCCGGGUCUUGGUGGUGGCCUCGGACUGUGGUGAGAGGGAGCGGCGGUCCUCCACGGCCACGGUGGAGGUCACGGUCGCCGACGAGAACGACAACCCACCCCGCUUCUCCGCAGAGGUCUACAAGGGUACAGUGAGUGAGGCCGACCCCUCUGGCGGUGUGGUUGCCGUGCUGAGCUCCUCCGACGCGGACGCGGACGAGAUGAAUCGUCGGGUGACCUACUACAUCACGGGUGGGGACCCUCAAGGGCAGUUUGCAGUGGAGCAGGCUCAGGACGAGUGGAGGGUUUUCGUCCAGAGGGCCCUGGACCGAGAGGAGAAGGACAGCUACCUGCUGAAUGUUACUGCCACCGACGGCACCUUCACGGCCGGGGCCGUGGUCGAGGUCAAGGUCCUCGACGCCAAUGACAACAGCCCUGUCUGCGACAAGACGCUGUAUACAGAAACUAUUCCAGAGGAUUCUCUUCCCGGGAGACUCAUCACUCAGGUGUCUGCAACAGAUGCAGACAUCCGCACUAACGCGGAAAUCACUUACACGUUGUCCGGCCCCGGGGCAGAAAACUUCAACCUCCAUCCGGAGACAGGCGAACUGAAGACCUUCGGCCCUCUGGAUCGUGAGCAGCAAGCAACCUAUAACCUCCUGGUCACGGCCACAGAUGGCGGGGGACGAUCCUGCUGCGCCAGCGUCCAGCUCUGGCUUGACGACGUUAACGACAAUGCCCCGGUUUUCACGGCCGACCCCUUCACCGCCACCGUUUUCGAGAACACUGAGCCCCGGACUCCGCUGACCAGGAUCCAGGCCACAGAUGCCGACACAGGGCUGAACGGGAAGAUCCGCUACACGCUGGUACCCCCUGCUGACAGCCACUUCUCCGUGGAUGCGGACUCGGGCAUUGUGUGGCUGGAGCGGUCCCUGGACCGAGAGGUGCAGGCGGUCCACACGCUCACCGUGCGGGCCGUGGACCGGGGCCCCGCCGGGCAGCUGAGCGCCACGGCCACGCUGGUGGUGUCCGUGCUGGACAUCAACGACAACCCUCCGGAGUUCGAGUACCGGGAGUACGGCGGCGCCGUGGCCGAGGACGUGCCUGUCGGGACCGAGGUCCUACGCGUGUACGCGGCCAGCCGUGAUGUUGAGGCCAACGCAGAGAUCACGUAUGCGAUCGUUGGCGGAAAUGAGCAUGGCAGGUUCGGCGUGGACGCGGCCACGGGAGCCGUGUUCGUCAGUGCCAGCCUAGACUAUGAACAGGCCCGCGACUACUGCCUGACCGUGGAAGCCACCGAUGGCGGGAGCCCUCCUCUGAGCGACGUGGCCACGGUCAACAUCAACGUGACCGACAUCAACGACCACGCCCCUGUAUUCAGCCAGGACUCCUACACGGCCGUCGUCAGUGAGGAUGCGGCACCGGACCAGUCUAUCCUCACAGUGGCAGCUGACGAUGCAGAUGGACCAUCCAACAGCCUCAUUCAUUACUCCAUCGUCGACGGCAACGGUGGUGGCCGCGGGACCCCGUUCAUCAUCGACCCAGCGAAGGGCCACGUGAUCCUGACCGGACCCCUGGACCGAGAAACGGUCUCAGGCUACACACUGACCAUCCGAGCCUCAGACAACGGCCACCCCCCGAGGGUCACCACAACCACUGCCAACAUCGACGUGUCGGAUGUCAACGACAACCCCCCGCUCUUCUCCCCCGCCAAUCACAGCAUCAUCCUCCAGGAAAACAAGCCAGUGGGCUUCAGCGUUCUGCAGCUGGAGGCACGCGACCGGGACUCUUCCCACAAUGGCCCACCCUUUGUCUUCACCAUCGAGAGCGGGAACGAGGAAGGUGUGUUCCGACUGGAUGCCGAUGGACUGCUGACCACCGCCGCCCCUCUCGACCGCAGAGUGCGCGAUCGCUACCGCCUGCGGGUCAAGGUGACCGACAGUGGGAAGCCGCCUCUAUCUUCGACGACGCUCGUGGACAUCCGCGUGAUUGAGGAGAGCGUGCACCCGCCUGCCAUCCUGCCGUUGGAGAUCCUGGUGGUGGUGGCCGCGGCAGAUGCAGCCACGGGGGAUGCAGCCUCCGGGGGCUACGCUGGCGGCGUCAUCGGUAAAGUCCACGCCACGGACCAGGAUGUUUACGACACGCUGACCUACAGCCUAGAUCCCGGGGCUGACCGCCUGUUCUCCGUGACUGCGGCCGGCGGGAAGCUGGUGGCCCGGCGGGGGCUGGAGCCAGGGCACUACAUCCUGAACGUCACAGUGACGGACGGGCGCUUCUCCGCCUUGGCCGAGGUCACGGUGCGGGUGCGGCGGCUGGGCCGGGUGCUGCUGGACCACAGCGUGGCGGUGCUGUUCCCCGGGCUCGGGCCCGAGGAGUUCGUCGGUGACUACUGGCGCGACGUCCGGCGCGCUCUGGCCACGAUCCUGGGGGUACGGAGAGGCCACAUCCACCUACUCGGCCUGCAGCCAUCCGAACCCCCGGCCCCGCCGGCACUGGAUGCCCUGCUCCUGGUGGAGGGGCCUGGGGGAGCGCCGCUGGCCGCGGGGGCCGUCCUGCGCGCCAUCAAUGCGUCAGCGGCAGAGCUGGAGGAGCUGACCGGGGUGCGGGUCCUGGGGGCCUACCGCCGCCUGUGCAUGGGGCUGCGCUGCCCGGGCCAGCUCUGCCGGGAGCGGGUGACCCUGGACCAGCAGGUCGUGUCCACACACAGCACAGCCAGGCUCAGCUUCGUCACCCCCCGCCACCACCGCACAGCCCAGUGCCUCUGUUCAGAUGGCAAGUGCCCCGUGCUGAGCCGCGGCUGCGAGAACAACCCGUGCCCCGCGGGGACUGACUGUGUUCCCGACGUGGAGGAUGAAGAUGCGUACACCUGUGUGUGCCCGGUGACGGAGGGGCCGUGCCCAGGUGGGUCCUCGGUGACCUUCUCUGGUAAUGGCUACGUGAGGUACCGCCUGGCCGAGCGUGAGAACCCUCUGGAACUGAAGCUCACCCUGAGGCUGCGUACACUGGCAGCCAAUGGCGUGAUCAUGUACGCACAGGGCACCGACUACAGCAUCCUCGAGGUCCACCACGGCCGGCUGCAAUACCGGUUUGACUGCGGGAGCGGCCCCGGCAUCGUAUCUGUGCAGAGCGCCCAGCUGGACGACGGACAGUGGCACGCGGUGUCACUGGACGUGGCCGGGAACCACGCCCGGCUGGUCCUGGACCGGGUGCACUCGGCAUCGGGCACAGCCCCGGGCAACCUGAAGACGCUGAACCUGGACCACCACGUCUACCUUGGGGGCCACAUCCACUCCUCUGGGCUGAGGCCCGGCCGUACCCCACAGCCGGGUGGCGGCUUCCGUGGCUGCCUGGACUCUGUCGUGCUCAACGGGCAGGAACUGCCUCCGCCCGGCGUCCCGCCCCGCAGCUCCGCCCACAUUGAGGCAGCCGUGGGCGUCUCUCCGGGCUGUUCGUUGACCGCCCCGGGCGACUGCUCUGUCAGCCCCUGUCAGAACGGUGGCACCUGUUUUCCCUCACCUAGUGGAGGAAUUUACUGCAAAUGUCCAGCCCUAUAUCUGGGCCCCUUCUGUGAAGUGAGUACUGACCCUUGUGCCUCCAACCCUUGCCUGUAUGGAGGCACCUGCGUGGUCAACAGCGGCGACUUCUCCUGCCAGUGCCGGGGACGUUACAGCGGGCACAGGUGCCAGCUGAGCCCGUACUGUAAGUUUGACCCGUGCCAAAAUGGUGGCACCUGCUUCGACAGUCUGGACGGGGCUGUGUGCCACUGCCUUCACGGUUUCAGGGGAGACAGGUGCCAGAGCGACGUGGACGAAUGUAUGGGCAACCCGUGCCACAACGGCGCACUAUGUGAGAAUACACCCGGCUCCUACCGGUGCAACUGCAGUCGGGCAUUCCGGGGACAGCACUGCGAAGAUGCUGUACCCAACCUGUACGUGUCCACACCCUGGAACAUCGGCCUCGCUGAGGGCGUGGGCAUCGUCGUCUUCCUGGCUGGCGUGGCACUCCUGGCCGCCGCCUUCGUCGCCUGCCGCCGGGGCCUGGGCCGCCGGCGCCGCCAGCUCCCACCCAACCCGGAGGACAAGCGCCCGGCCGUGACCGCCCCCUUCCUGCACCGGCCCUUCCUGGCUGGCCCGCCAGCCAAGGGCGGCUACCCAGAGGUACCCCCUCAGGUGCCGGUGCGUCCCGCCUCCUACACUCCGAGUGUCCCCAGCGACUCCCGCAACAACCUGGACCGCCACUCCUUCGAGGGCUCGGCCAUCCCCGAACAUCCUGAGUUCAGCACCUUCAGCCCGGAUGCCGGCCAUGGACCCCGCAAGGCCGUAGCGGUCUGCAGCGUGGCCCCCAACCUGCCCCCGCCUCCCCCCUCCAGCUCCCCAUCCGACAGCGACUCCAUCCGGAAGCCCAGCUGGGACUUUGACUACGAUGCCAAGGAGGUGGAGCUGGAGCCGUGCCUGCCCAAGAAGGCCCUGGAGGAGAAGGGAUCCCAGCCGUACAGCGCGAGGGGCAGCCUGUCCGAAGUCCAGUCCCUCAGCUCCUUCCAGUCAGAGUCGUGUGAUGACAACGGCUACCACUGGGACACGUCGGACUGGAUGCCCGCCGUGGUCUUGCCGGACAUCCAGGAGUUCCCACACCACGAGGCCCUGGAGCCCAUGCCGCUCUUGGCCGACCCCAGCGCCCUGGAGGCCGACUACUACCCCAGUGGCUAUGACAUCGAGAGCGACUUCCCGCCACCCCCAGAUGACUUUCCUGUCCCGGAUGACCUCCCUCCUCUGCCCCCUGAGUUCGGCGACCAGUUCGAGACCCUCCCACCCCCCAGAGGCGGGCAGAGGUUCGACCCGAGCCAAUACCUGCCCAGCUUCUACCCCGGGAACCCGUCCGAAGGGCGGCAGGCCGGCGGUGGGGUGGGUCGGGGCGCCCUCGGGCCCUUCCCCGCGGGGCUCCCUAGAGGCACAGGGGCGGCGGCCACGGCCUUGGCCGCAGGGUUCGCGCCCUCGAGCUCUGACCUGUCCGCCUGCUGUGAGCUGGAGUCUGAGGCCGCGCUGAGCGACUAUGAAAGCGGAGACGACGAUGAGGGCUGCCCUUUCGAUGACGCCGUCAUCCCGCCUCUCGAUGCCCAGCAGCACACCCAAGUCUGACCCGCCGCGCCCAAACAGAAAGUGCCUGGACUCUGACCGGACCAGAAAGACCCUAAGGACCCCCCCCCACUCCCUCUCUCAGUGCACCCCAGCUUUGGGGCCUCUCCCAUCGCCCUGCUGGGAUUGGCAUAACCGGGGCACUUAUGGGCGGCAUCCCUGCCUGGCAGCGUCGGCGGGACGGACCGUCGUCAGCCCUUCCCCCUUGGCCAUGUUCACGUGGUCCUGUAUUUAUAUUGAUUUUUCCACCCCUGCAUCUGCUCCUGCCUUCAGUGCAAAUGUCCUAUCCAAGUUUGGCCCUAUCCCUCUAUAGGUUUUGUAGAUUUUCUGUGAAUUCUGUUUGCCACCCAAUCUCUCGCUGUUAGUGCUCUGCUCCAGCCCCUACCCCGACCCCAACAUCCAGGGCCCCCUGCGCUGUCUUGUCUCUUUCUGUCCCCCUCCCUGUGUGAGCCAUUUCAUUCCAAACAUUUCAACGCCCUCAGGCAUGGCCAGAAGGUGUAAGGGGGAGGGGUGAGGCCCCCCCUGCCCCCCACCAGGGCAGAUCCCCAGAAUACCCCCCCCUCUGAGAGGGUUCUGGGUGGCCCCAACGCCCACACCUGGUGAGAACGGGUCACUCUGACACCGGUUUUAAAGUGUCUGUAUAUUGUGAUGCAAUGGACUUGUAAAGGUUUUUACUGAAAUAUACCAUUAGCCAGACUUUCUUACUGACAAUAAAUUAUUAAUAAAAUUAUUUAGCUUUA